ACAAACACUCACUCGCCACUCCACGCAGCGAAUCUCGCUCCUCGAUCGAUCUCCGCCAUGGACGGAGAAGAAGACUGCGAUCUCCGGCCAGACCAUCACUUCCGCGGCCUCGAGACGGAAUCCACCGGCGGAGGCACCAGCAUCCACAUCACGGCCCUCGACGGCAUCGUCAACGUCAACUCCCUCUUCACCCUCGCCGUCUUCAUCGGCCUCGCCUGGAACCCGUCCCGCUACCCUGACGGCGGACUCCCUGACUCCGACUGCGCAGCCAGCAACCGCGUCGCCGAGGACCUCGUCUCCUUCCACGUCUUCUCCUUCUCCGCCUUCCUCUUCUCCAGCCUCGUCGCCCUCUGCCUCAAGCAGGCGAUCCGGAUAGUGCGCCCUCACGGGCGCACCGCCAGGGUUAACAAGGCUUUGCUCCGCGGCGGGAUCCUCUCUUCUGCAGUCGGAUCCGUUCUCGGGUGCGGCUUCCUUACCCUCGCCCUCGUCAACGUGGUCCAGAUCAAGCUCGGCCGCCUCGAUUGCAGCGGCGCCGCCGUGGGAGCCAUCGUCCCCAUCGUGACACUCAUUCCGAUCGCAAUGCUCAUCUACUCCGGUAUCGUCUUCUACGCCUUCACUCGCAGAUCUCAUCACGGCCGGCGUUAGGGUUCGGAUUCCUCUGUACUCUUGUAAGUAUGCAACUUGGCCACCAAGUUCUCCCAAAUGCUAAUGCAAGAUGCAACGGGGAUGUAUCUUCCAUGCCGAUCGAAUGAGUCCAUGCAUCUAAGUGUGUGUAGUUUGGAGAAAGUCUCAGGGAACAUGACAGAAGAUGAAAGUCCAUGUCUAGUUAAGAGGAGUUUCUACCUUUGUGGCAACUAGCAACCCGUUGCUUGUUCUUUGUCCUAGAGAUGCCGACGAUAGGGUAAGGCGAAAUAGAUUAUGAGACGAACUCUUCUUCGUCAUUCCCAUUUCAUUCCAUCUUUAUAUAUAGUGUAACAAUCUUUUACACCAUGAUCCUAAGAACAUAUGUAGUAUUUAGACAUAACCUAAAUACUUUACAUCUAUCUAUUGCCCUUAAUUAUUCACGCCUAUUUAGUAUUUACACCCACAAUUCAUGGCACGGCUCCUUGGGAUCGAUUUAAACAGCACAGACUUAUUUGAUUGCCUUUGCGAUCGAUUUAAGUGGUUCGUCAGGCAAGUGACUGGGUUGAAGUUGACCUGGUUGAUCAAUCAAAGGCGAUGUUGCAAAGAAGGGUGGCCGGUGAACAUCAGUUGGCCUGAAUCGACCUGAAUCAUCACCGGGGGUCGAUGGUAAUCGCAUGUAUGAGGUUGAGGGCAAGUCAUCAAACCAUGAGGUCGUAUUCCCUUGAGCUCGAUCUCCUCCUCCAUUGAUGUAGUGAAUGAUAGCUCUGUAGACGAAGGGAAUUAAGCCUUCCAUUAGUUCAAGGGAGGUG